GCUCGCCCGCUCACUGGACCGUAGUGAAACCACUUAACACGCACGACCCUGAACAAUGUGACCGUGGAGGCAUGAUGGACUCGCUUCUUGAUUAUGCGCAUUAAGAUUAUAAAUUAGCCUUUUCCAUUUCCCAUAUAGCAAAAAGCCACAUCACUAAACUGUAUUUAGCGAGUCACGCUCUAGACCUCAGUCAGUCUUCUUCCCUCUGUGAAUGAACAGUGUAGUCUCUUAAAAUGCACCAAACAUACCCAGCUUCUGUUUUUAAGGCCUCCCUUCUCUUUUCUCUCUCUUUCUAGCUUCAAAGUUUCCUUCUUGGUCUUGGCAAUGGUGGUGUAUAGAUAUGCCUUGUUGUUGUUGCUGGGUUUACUUGCAUUUAUUGCAAUGCUUCUGCAUUUAACAAUGGCAGAUUGCCCCUUAGAUCUGAGUGGAUCAAAUUUUACCUUAGCAGCAUCUAUGUGCUCCAGUAAAGAUGGAAGAGGAAAGUGCUGCCGCUAUAUUAAUACGUUUAUUGCAGUUUCCAUUGCUCGUUAUGCAAAUGCAACUAGCAAUCUAGGGGUUGCCUCGAAUCUAUCUGAUAUAUGUCUUAAUUCCAUUUCUCAAACUAUGCAACUGUAUGGAGUUCCAAGUGAUGCAACAGUUUUUUGUGGGUUUGGGACAAAAAUUCCAGUGACUUAUGAGUGUGAGGGUCGAUCAACUGUCACUCAGAUGUUGGGGUCUCCAAAAUUCGUGGACGUUGCACAAAAUUGCAGACUUCCCCUUUUGUUAGAAAGUGACUGCAAGAGGUGUUUAAAUGCUGGCAUUAUAUACCUUCAUCAUCUGGUGGGAACAGAUAAUAAUCUGACAUUGAGUACCUGCCGCGAUGCAACUUUUAUUGCACUUGCAAGCCAAUUUGAUGAUGCUUCAGCAGUUGAAAUUGCAAGCUGUUUCUUCGGAGUUCAAGGGCUCAACAUCCCUUUAGAGCCACCUCCAUCUGCAGUCAUCCCUGAAGCCCCUCCAAAUCCAUUGACAGCUGCUGGCCCGAACCAAGCUAUGCUGGGACUUCCCCUAAAAGCAAACCACCACCCAUACCAUCUGACAUUAGUUCCACUUAUUGGCAUUGCAGUCACAGCAGCUGCCAUUGUGAUGCUGAUAGUCUUGAUAUUUCUUAUUCGUAGGAAAAACAGAGAAAUAGAGGAAUCUGAGAAUAUAAAUAAGACCUUUUCAAGAGCCUUCCCACCUCCUAGGCCUACAAGGAAAUUUCAAGGGCCUGCAUCAAUGCUACGAAAAUUCAACUACAAGGAGACAAUGAAGGCAACAGAUAACUUCAAUACAAUCAUUGGACAGGGAGGAUUUGGAACUGUAUAUAAAGCUGAAUUUAGUGAUGGGUUAGUGGCAGCAGUGAAGCGGAUGAACAAGGUUUCAGAGCAGGUAGAACAGGAGUUCUGCAGAGAGAUAGAAUUACUCGCUAGACUGCACCACCGCCAUCUUGUUGCUCUAAGAGGCUUUUGCAUAAAAAAGAAUGAGAGGUUCCUCGUGUAUGAGCAUAUGGCAAAUGGAAGCCUAAAGGAUCAUCUUCAUUCCCCUGGAAGUCCUCUGAGUUGGCGGGUCAGAAUCCAGAUUGCAAUUGACGUGGCUAAUGCUCUGGAGUACCUCCACUUUUAUUGUGAUCCACCUCUGUGCCACAGGGACAUAAAAUCAAGCAACAUUUUAUUGGAUGAAAAUUUUGUUGCUAAGGUUGCAGAUUUUGGCCUUGCCCAUGCUUCAAAAGAUGGUUCUAUAUGCUUUGAACCAGUAGAUACCGAUAUCCGUGGAACUCCAGGUUACAUGGAUCCUGAGUAUGUGGUCACCCAAGAGCUCACCGAGAAAAGUGAUAUAUAUAGCUAUGGUGUGGUACUGUUGGAGAUAGUGACUGCAAGACGAGCAAUACAGGAGAGCAAGAAUUUGGUGGAGUGGUCUCAAAUAUUCAUGGCAUCAGAUUCAAGACUACCGGAGUUAGUGGAUCCACGCAUCAGGGAUUCCUUUGACCUGGACCAGCUACAAACUAUUGUGACUAUCGUGAGAUGGUGCACACAGAAGGAAGGCCGAGCAAGGCCUUCAAUCAAGCAAGUCCUUAGGCUUUUGUAUGAGAGUUCGGACCCAAUGCAUAGUGAAUUUGUGCGAGCUGUGGAAGAUGAAGAGUGUGAAGGAAGUGAAGGAGGAAGAACAAGUAGGGAAAAAUCAAACAAGAGUGAUGCUAUUUUUCAGAGUGGGGAUGGAAGAUAUCUUGCUUCCUCUUCAAGCACAUCGAGGUCGUAUUGUAGUAGAAGCUUUUUACUUGAAACUGGCUCUCCACAAUCUCCCUCCAGUAUGCUCUCUGUUUGAGGCGAUCAUUGUUUGCCUCGAUCAACAAUCAUGGUUUGCAAGAAAGCUGUAGCACUACUCUUACAGACUUGGCAGCAGGUCAAGUCAAUGUCUUCUGAGAAUACAUAUCUCCAGUUAGAUAGAAAAGGCAAUUGUAAAACUAGUCAUUGUUUUUUUAAGCAUGUGAAAGUACUUAUUAUACAUCCAUUUCUUUAUUUCAUGUUUUAGGAUUUCUGGACAACUAAAGCUGCGAAAUAUAAACAUUUUAUAUUUCAUCGUUGGUAUGUAAGAUGGGCUGCUUUGCUUCAA